AUGACACUGACACUGACGACGCGUGACGAGGGCCCAGCCCAGCUCAGAUCUCCUCUCCCUCUUGCCUGCAAAACAUUUAUCAAAGAUAUUGGAACAAGUCUCCAUGAAAACGAAAAUGCCAUUCUUGAGUUUCUUACCUUGUUUGAGCUGACCAUUGCCAUAUUUAACCUGGAUAAGGUUGCUGGCUUGACAGAUGACUACAUUGAGGAGAUUUCCAGCUGCAUAGACAUCCUUUUGCAUUCCUACAGCUCCUGGGCCUCUCAAAGUCAAAGCUCCACAAACCAGCACAAUUUUGGCAUUGCUGUUGGGGCCAUUCAGCUCAAUAGAGAGCUUGACAAUGUCUACAAGAGCUUCCUUGGUGAAGACAUACUUUGGAAGACAUUUAUUGAAGUCCUGGGUCAUAUCCACAAAAUGGCCCCUCAUUUCUUGCCCUGGCAUGGCAUUCUCACAAAAAAACAUCAGCAAAAUGAAAGUCAGAUGGUUCAUUCCCUGAACCACAACAAAGAAGAUAUUGGGGCUGUUGUUGGGGCAGGGAUGGCAUCCGCAACUGUUGCAAUCAACCAGUGUUACCAAGCUGGGACACAGAAAGUCAUUGCAGCUGUAAAAGGGAUGGCUGUACAUACAGAAAAUGAACAGGAUUAUCUCAGCAGCACUGUCAACUUGCAACUUAAGGACCUUCUUCAUUCCCUUGCCAAGGAAUGUGUCCACCAGGCCGAAAUCAUACUUGAAGGGCACGAUGGAGAGAUUGGGAAUGUUACUCUAAACAUCCCUGCCUAUAAUCUUUGGAGGCUUAUUAUCACAUCUGAGAUAUUCUAUCUAAUUCAAUAUGUGAUUGGAAAUUCAAAGAUUACUAUUUUUGUAACUCAUUUCUGGCCCAAUAGGAUUUUGGGAAAGCUGAGAAGCAUGACAAGAGAGGGUUCGCAGUACAAAAAUAUGAGAAACAUUGGGGCAUGGUAG